AUGACUACACCAACCACGACAACAGAAUCAACAUCAGCCACAACAAUUGAGAGCACAACUGUUGGUACAUCUGAAACAUCUACACUAACACCAAUAAUAACAGAAUCAGCAACAGCCACGACAACUGAGAUAACAACUGUUAGUACAACUGAAACAACAACACAAGCCACUACAACAGAAUCAACAUCAGCCACAACAACUGAGAGCACAACUGUUAGUACAACUGAAACAACUAUACCUGCCACAACAACUGAGAGCACAACUGUUAGUACAACUGAGACAACUACACCAGCCACAACAACUGAGAGCACAACUGUUAGUACAACUGAGAUGACUACACCACCAACAACAACAGAAUCUUCAACAGCAACAACUGAGAGCACAACUGUUACAACAGCCACGACAACUGAGAGAACAAAUGUUAGUACAACUGAAACAACAACACAAGCCACUACAACAGAAUCAACAUCAGCCACAACAACUGAGAGCACCACUGUUAGUACAACUGAAACAACUACACCAGCCACAACAACUGAGAGCACAACUGUUAGUACAACUGAAUCAACUACACCAGCCACAACAACUGAGAGCACAACUGUUAGUACAACUGAAACAUCUACACCAACCACAAUAACAGAAUCAACAUCAGCCACAACAACUGAGAGCACAACUGUUAGUACAACUGAGACAACUACACCAGCCACAACAACUGAAAGCACAACUGUUACCACAAUAACUGAGAGCACAACUGUUAGUACAACUGAAACAACCACACCAGCCACAACAACUGAAAGCACAACUGUUAGUACAACUGAAACAACUACACCAGCCACAACAACUGAGAGCACAACUGUUAGUACAACUGAGACAACUACACCAGCCACAACAACUGAAAGCACAACUGUUAGUACAACUGAAACAACAACACAAGCCACUACAACAGAAUCAACAUCAGCCACAACAACUGAAAGCACAACUGUUACAACAGCCAUGACAACUGAGAGAACAACUGUUAGUACAACUGAAACAACAACACAAGCCACUACAACAGAAUCAACAUCAGCCACAACAACUGAGAGCACAACUGUUAGUACAACUGAAACAACUACACCAGCCACAACAACUGAGAGCACAACUGUUAGUACAACUGAAUCAACUACACCAGCCACAACAACUGAGAGCACAACUGUUAGUACAACUGAAACAACUACACCAAUCACAAUAACAGAAUCAACAUCAGCCACAACAACUGAGAGCACAACUGUUAGUUCAACUGAAACAACUACACCAGCCACAACAACUGAGAGCACAACUGUUAGUACAACUGAGACAACUACACCAACCCCAACAACCGAAUCAUCAGCCACAACAACUGAGAGCACAACUGUUAGUACAACUGAAACAACUACACCAGCCACAACAACUGAAAGCACAACUUUUAGUACAACUGAGACAACUACACCAGCCACAACAACUGAGAGCACAACUGUUAGUACAACUGAAACAACUACAACAGCCACAACAACUGGGAGCACAGCUGUUAGUACAACUGAAACAACUACACCAGCCACAACAACUGAGAACACAACUUUCAGUACAACUGAAACAAUUCCACCAACCACAACAACAGAAUCAACAUCAGCCACAACAACUGAGAGCACAAGUGUUAGUACAACUGAAACAACUACACCAACCACAACAACAGAAUCAACAUCAGGAACAACAACUGAGAGCAGAACUGUUAGUACAACUGAAACCACUACACCAGCCACAACAACUGAGAGCACAACUGUUAGUACAACUAAAACCACUACACCAGCCACAACAACUGAGAGCACAACUGUUAGUACAACUGAAACAACUAUACCAACCACAACAACAGAAUCAACAUCAGCCACAACAACUGAGAGCACAACUUUCAGUACAACUGAAACAACUACACCAACCACAACAACAGAAUCAACAUCAGCCACAACAACUGAGAGCACAACUGUUAGUACAACUGAGACAACUACACCAGCCACAACUGAGAGCACAACUUUCAGUACAAAUGAAACUACACCAACCACCACAACAGAAUCAACAUCAGCCACAACAACUGAGAGCACAAGUUUUAGUACAACUGAAUCAACUACACCAGCCACAACAACUGAGAGCACAACUGUUAGUACAACUGAAACAACUACACCAGCCACAACAACAGACUCAACAUCAGCCACAACAACUGAGAGCAAAACUGUUAGUUCACAUAACGUGCGAGCAAAGCUGGAGUUUCGCUCUGUAGACACAUUCAUAAAUGAACUCAAUAAUACAAACUCCCAGGCUUUCAAGAACAGGGCUCAGCUUGUUAUGGACAUUGUGAGUUAA